CUGCUGCCGCCGCCGCUGCAGCCGCUGCCGCGCACCCCCGGCCCCCGAGCCCGGCGCUGCAGGAUGCCGGGGGGCAAGAGAGGGCUGGUGGCACCGCAGAACACCUUCCUGGAGAACAUCGUCCGGCGCUCCAGCGAAUCCAGUUUUUUGUUGGGAAAUGCCCAGAUUGUGGACUGGCCUGUAGUUUAUAGUAAUGACGGUUUUUGUAAACUCUCUGGAUAUCAUCGCGCUGACGUCAUGCAGAAAAGUAGCACUUGCAGUUUUAUGUACGGUGAGCUGACAGACAAGAAGACCAUUGAAAAAGUCAGACAGACUUUCGACAACUACGAGUCAAACUGCUUUGAAAUUCUCCUCUACAAGAAAAACAGAACCCCAGUUUGGUUCUACAUGCAAAUUGCUCCUAUAAGAAAUGAGCAUGAAAAAGUGGUUUUGUUCCUGUGCACUUUUAAGGAUAUCACUUUGUUCAAGCAACCAAUUGAAGAUGAUUCAACAAAAGGUUGGACGAAGUUUGCGCGGCUGACGCGGGCCCUGACGAACAGCCGGAGCGUCCUGCAGCAGCUGACGCCGAUGAACAAAGCUGAGGUGGUGCACAAGCACUCCCGCCUGGCUGAGGUUCUCCAGCUGGGAUCUGAUAUUCUUCCUCAGUACAAGCAAGAAGCUCCAAAGACUCCACCACACAUUAUACUACAUUAUUGUGCUUUUAAGACCACUUGGGACUGGGUCAUCUUAAUUCUAACCUUCUACACAGCAAUUAUGGUUCCAUAUAACGUCUCCUUCAAGACGAAACAGAACAACAUUGCCUGGCUCGUGCUGGACAGUGUCGUGGACGUUAUUUUUCUCGUUGACAUUGUUUUGAACUUUCACACAACCUUUGUUGGCCCUGGUGGAGAGGUUAUAUCUGAUCCCAAACUCAUAAGGAUGAACUACCUGAAAACGUGGUUUGUGAUUGAUCUUCUGUCCUGUUUACCGUAUGACAUCAUCAAUGCCUUUGAGAAUGUCGAUGAGGGGAUCAGUAGCCUCUUCAGUUCCUUAAAAGUGGUGCGUCUUCUCCGACUUGGUCGAGUUGCCAGGAAGUUGGACCAUUAUCUGGAAUAUGGUGCUGCUGUACUGGUACUGUUGGUGUGUGUGUUUGGGCUGGUGGCCCAUUGGCUAGCCUGCAUAUGGUACAGCAUUGGGGACUAUGAAGUUAUAGACGAAGUCACUAAUACAAUCAAAACAGAUAGCUGGCUCUACCAGUUGGCACUGAGUAUCGGGACACCAUAUCGAUACAACACCACUGGCUCAGGGCAGUGGGAAGGAGGACCCAGUAAAGACUCCUUGUACAUAUCCUCUCUCUACUUUACCAUGACAAGCCUUACAACGAUAGGAUUUGGAAACAUUGCACCAACCACUGACGGAGAGAAGAUUUUUUCGGUGGCCAUGAUGAUGGUUGGCUCUCUUCUUUAUGCAACUAUUUUUGGAAAUGUCACAACCAUUUUCCAGCAGAUGUAUGCCAACACCAACCGAUACCAUGAGAUGCUUAACAAUGUGAGAGAUUUCCUGAAAUUAUAUCAAGUCCCAAAAGGCCUUAGUGAAAGAGUCAUGGAUUAUAUUGUCUCAACCUGGUCCAUGUCUAAAGGAAUUGACACAGAGAAGGUUCUCUCAAUUUGCCCAAAGGACAUGAGAGCAGAUAUUUGCGUGCACCUAAACCGGAAAGUUUUUAAUGAGCACCCUGCCUUCCGGCUGGCCAGCGACGGCUGCCUGCGAGCCCUGGCUGUGGAGUUUCAGACCAUCCAUUGUGCCCCGGGGGACCUCAUCUAUCAUGCUGGGGAAAGUGUUGAUGCGCUUUGCUUUGUGGUCUCAGGAUCCCUAGAAGUCAUCCAGGACGACGAGGUGGUGGCUAUUUUAGGUAAAGGCGAUGUGUUUGGUGAUAUCUUCUGGAAGGAAACCAGUCUGGCCCAUGCGUGUGCCAAUGUGCGGGCUCUGACAUACUGCGAUUUACAUAUUAUUAAACGAGAAGCCUUGCUAAAAGUGUUGGACUUUUACACUGCUUUCGCAAACUCAUUCUCAAGGAAUCUCACACUCACCUGCAAUUUGAGGAAACGGAUCAUCUUCCGGAAAAUCAGUGAUGUCAAGAAGGAGGAAGAGGAGCGCCUGCGCCAGAAGAACGAGGUGACACUGAGCAUCCCUGUGGACCACCCCGUGCGGAAACUCUUCCAGAAAUUCAAACAGCAAAAGGAGAUGCGUAAUCAAGGCUCAACCCACAUCGACCCGGAAAGGAACCAGCUUCAGGUGGAAAGCCGGAGCGUGCAGAACGGGGCCUCCAUCACGGGCACCAGUGUGGUCACCGUGUCUCAGAUCACCCCCAUCCAGACAUCCCUGGCUUACGUGAAAACCAGCGAGGCUGUGAAGCAGAACAACAGGGAUGCAAUGGAGCUAAAGCCCAAUGGAAAUGGAGACCAAAAAUGUCUCAAAGUGAACAGCCCCAUGCGGAUGAAAAACGGGAACGGGAAAGGGUGGCUUCGGCUGAAGAACACGAUGGGGACCCACGAGGAGAAGAAGGAAGACUGGAAUAACGUCACAAAGGCUGAGUCGAUGGGGCUGCUCUCGGAGGACCCCAAGUGCAACGACGCGGAGAACGGUGUAAAUAAAAACCCACUGAGGAAAACAGACUCUUGUGACAGUGGAAUAACAAAAAGUGACCUUCGCUUGGAUAAAGCUGGUGAGACUCGCAGCCCCCUGGAGCACAGCCCCAUUCAGGCUGAUGCUAGGCAUCCUUUCUACCCUAUUCCUGAGCAGGCCUUACAAACCACGCUGCAGGAAGUCAAGCACGAACUCAAAGAAGAUAUCCAGCUGCUAAGCAGCAGGAUGGCUGCCCUUGAGAAGCAGGUGGCAGAAAUUUUAAAAAUAUUGUCUGAAAAGAACGUACCCCAGGUCUCUUCCCCCAAGUCUCAUUUAUCACCCCAGCGGCCCCCCCAGAUACCCUGCCAGGAUAUUUUUAGCGUUUCAAGGCCUGCAUCACCUGAAUCAGAAAAAGAUGAAAUCCACUUUUAGCAUAUACCUAUGUGUAUAUAUGUAUACAGUAUAUAUGCAGAGGUGUAUAUAUACCUUUAUACAUAUAUAUGUGUGUGUAUAAGGUAAAUAUAUAUACAUAUAUAUUUUCACUUGCAUCCAAUAUGACUUGAACACACCAAGGAUUUUGAUAUGUAAAUAUUUGCAUGUCCAGCUGGAUUCUGGCCUGCCAAAGAAAACAAUUAUUAACAUAGAUAUUGCUUGUAUAAUAUGCAGUUGACUGCAUGCACACUUUACAUUUAUUUAUAAUCUCUAUUAUGUAAUAAAAGAAUGACUUUUGUUUAACAAAGGCAAUGUACUAUUUAAAGAAUCAGGGUCUAACCUGCCAAUAUUGCCAUGACAGUUUUGAUCUCAGGCUGGGUGAAUUGAGCUUUUACUUCAUCACUGUCUUCUGCCGAGUUAGACAGUAGGUUAACAUGACGUGGUUGACAUGUUCAGACUCCAAGUAGUACUGUUUCCUCGUAUCAUUCCAUUACAAUAUACUGUAUAUUUGGUGAUAAAUUCCCCCACUCCUCUUGAAGGGAGGGCUCAGCUCAGUCGCCAGGGAAGGGCACCGUGUCAGGUGCUGGGGUAGAUCACUGGAAUUGAUUUGUGUGGGUGUUGUGCAUGCACAGCCUUUUCUUUCGAGUAUCCUCCUGCUCUUUUAACAUCGUAAGUAAGACAUAGUAGCGAUGAUUUAUAAAACGAAAUGAAACAAACAGAACAUCUCUCAGCUGCACGCACUGUGUAUUUGGGGGUAAUGUCUUUCUCGAAAGCCUUCUUUUUACGGGUGGCAUUUUUACUGAUCUGUUAGUGUGACAUUAUGCAGAAUCUCUUUGCAGCACUUAGCGACAGUGUCCGCUUCUGUCAGUAUCCUCGUUAGGAUGUCCCGUUUUUUGCAGAGCUGAGGUUGCUCUCUGGCUGUCCCCCCCAUUGCCCCUGGCAGAAAAACUUUGCACGAGAUCUGAGCAAGGGAGAGAGCAAUUGUGCUUCAGCUCCUCAGGAGCCUGUGAGCAGAUUUGGAAGGCUGAAGUUAAAAGGCUGCAGUUAAUCCCCCUCCACUCUUUUCUGAGGCUGUUUAUCAGUCUGAAACUACCUUUGAGAAAGAGAAAAUUACCAGUCAGGAUGUGAAGUUGGUGAUGGUGAAUUACCCUUUAGCCUGAGGCAUUGGAUGGUGAUGUUUGGGUGGGAGAGUGUUUUGUGGAGAUGAAGUCCUUCCUCGGGCACUGCCUGCUGUUCAUACCUUGGAUGCGUUGAAGGUUUCAGUGGCUGGGGUGUUGUGAUCCGAAUGCCAGCUCUCAGUGUCCACACCAUCAGUCGUUGGGCACAUUAAGGCCCUUAGGUCUGUGUCAGGUGCUCUGGCCCUCCUCUUGGCUGGCUCCCAUCAGCAUCUCCCCCUCCUGAACCACGAUCCCACCUCCAGCAGCUGGGCUGGUGUGUUGUCCCUCAUGAUGGCUCUGCAGGGCUGCAGCAAGACAGGCUUUUGCAUGGGCCCCUGAUUCUUCUGCUCUUGGAAGCUGAGAUUUUGGACACAGCCUGGGUCUGCACUUGAGUGUGGUGGGUUAUUUACUUCUCCAUUUGCAGCGAGUGAGAAUCCAGGCACAUGUUUCUUAUGGCAGAAAUGGCCAUUGUGGCUUCGGAGCCGCUGCCGGUACAGCUGGAGGCUGGCACAGCAGAGUUCACUGGCUUCUUCAGAGAAGGAUAUCCCCACCACACAUCAAUGGCCUCUUGCAUCAAGGUCCCGUGUCUUCAAAAGUGCCUUGAGUAAAACAUAUGUGUACAACAAGGCAUCGCUAUCAAUCAGGUAAACAAAAGGCAUGUUUAUAAUUAGUGGGUAUCCUUACCAGACACCAAUGCCAGACAUUUCAUUUCAUAUUAGGAAGCUAAGCUAAACUAAAUAAAUUCCUCAGAAACCAAAAAAUAAAAAUAAAAAUCAAACAACAACAAAAAGCAACAUUUGUAGUAGUGGCAAUUAGUAACCUGCAUCUUAGGGUGAUUGUAUCUCCUACUGUGAAAUCCAAUCCCAUAAACUCCCAAAAGAUCACAAGAAAGCCAAAGAAGUCAUUGCUUCUGUUGUGUCUGUUCGUGGAGAGAAGACAGUGAUCUUUCCAAUUUGCUUUUCCUUUUGGGCCCAUUUCUGCCUCUCUUUCAGUCCCUUUCUUCAGGAAAUUACAGACGAAAAAAUAAGAAUAAAAAGUCACCGAAAGGGACAACUCUUCCCAAAGACGGGCGGUGAGGCUGCCUGCUCAUUAUAGCUUUCUGCAGCUGCAGUUGCCACUGUCAAAUUAGGCAGCUGUGCUUUGCAGCUGCUCUUCUGACAGGAAUACAAAUCUGCAAGCGCGCAGCCCUGCUGUGGUCUGCAGGGACAAACUGCACAACAGCAAAACCUUCGGGGUCCUGCUCUAAACCCUACCCCGGGACUCUGAAAGAGUCAAGGGUUAUGGGGUUAAGGAGUCGCAGGGUUGCUGCAGGCUGCUGGAGUAUGCACGGACCUUGUGGGUAGACCUUAAGUGCCAAGUUUUGAAGAUUUGACUGUUCUUGCCUGGCUGGGGUCGCUGGCUCAGACAGACACACAGCACCUUACCCCACUGCCCAGUCAAUUGCUGAGCCCUGCAGGCUGUCUGGGCUGGGGCUUGGUGAAGUUCCUUGGUGCAGGACUGUGCCAUGAGGUGGUGCUGCAAAAGAGCCAGCAGGGUGGUGGGGUGACUGUUAGACAGCUUUAGCCUUAAUGGCAUUCCUCUGCCUUUGUCAAGGACUUUUUUUUCUUUCUCUGUGACUGAUGUUAAUUCUAGAUAGAACUGAAUGGCAUGCAAAGGGAUCUCUGUUUAGGUUCACCUUGCCAGUCAGGUGUAACUUUGUACCACCUUACAACAUGAGAACAUGUAACAGGAUUCAUCUGAACUUGAAAAUUAUUCAAGUCCAGAACAUUUAUUGCGGUUCAAGUGCAACUGUACUGGUUAAAAUGAGUACUGGCUAAAAGCUAUAAAUAACAUAAAAUAGCAAGUUCAUGAAACAAACACAGCGUUUCCAAGCUCUCUGGUCCUGGUGCUGCCUUGACACUGGUGUUGACCCUCGCAAGGUCAGUGGGACCAGCUGGGGCCUGGCACCAGGCAGCAGUGGGAUCAGUGCGAUGGUGUCUUGCAAACAAACGCGAUAAACUCGCGCUGCAGAUGGGCUCCCCCCCCACAUCUGUGUGCUGGGGGUGCAGCUGGAGGCCCAAUUUGCACGAUCAACUCUGAUGGCAACUGCUCUGAAAAUUCAGCUUGUACAAUUGUGAAGCGCUUUGCCUCCAAAAUUUCAUUACACGUUGUUUCAUGGAGUUGUUACCGGGGCACUUUCAGCUUUCCCCUGUCCUCGUGGCUGUGCAUGAUGCGAUCAAGCGUGCUGCCAGCUGGGGCAAUCCUUCUCUGUCAAAGAAGCAGGAGUCCUCGUGGUGCAGUUCAGGGUUGACUGAAAGCAACCACCCACAGCUGUAAAUGCAAUAGGGGAACAAAUGCGCCUCUUCCAGCUGAGCCAGCACUGAAGCAGCUAUGUGCCGCGUGGACGGAGCUCUCGGCUGCAUGCUUCCCUUUCCUUUAGGAGCUGCGUGCCAGGACAGACAUUCCUGCAACACCUGGUAAUGCGGUCAUAGCACUUACCUUGUGCGCUGUGUGUUCAAAGCAUUUUACCCAUACACAAGUGGAUUUUAUCUUUCUGGACAAGAUACAAAUAGAAAUAAAAUGUGUACAGAAAAGUAAACACUUUCCGGAGCAAGCGAACUAGAGUACCUUGAAUAGCAUUUUUGUGUAAUAUUACCUAUACGAGAUAGAACAGCACUUCAGGAUAAUAGCUGAAAA